UUGGCUGUCGUUAAUCACGUGUUUAUUCUGAAGAUGGCGUCUCCAAAUGGAGGUGACGAUUUUGAGAGCUCUUUGCUGAGUUUUGAGAAGUUGGACAGAGCGUCACCAGACCUGUGGCCAGAGCAGUUGCCUGGAGUUGCAGAAUUUGCUGCAUCUUGUAAAAAUCCCAUCAAUAAUUCACCCCCCAAAUGGAUGGCUGAACUAGAGAGUGAGGACAUUGAAAUGUUGAAAGAGCUGGGUAGUCUGACCACAGCCAACCUGAUGGAGAAGGUCAAAGGACUUCAGAACCUCGCUUACCAGCUGGGCUUAGAGGAGUCCAGGGAAAUGACCAGGGGCAAGUUUCUGAACAUCUUGGAGAGGCCCAAGAAGUGACAUGGGUUUGGUGAAGUAACCGGGAAUGUGGGACUGCAAGGUGAAUCUGAUCUAUGUGUUUACCAAUAUGCAUAACAACACAGUUCAAAGACUUUACUCUCAAACUAUUAAUUGGAGUAAAAUUGCUCUCUAGCCGAGGUCUUAUCUCGGUGCACCUGCUGUACUCAUGGAUAUAGAUGCCUUUACAUUUACAGAAAAAUGUAGAAUGAUUUAUUUCUUCUCGUUGAAUUUCUCUGUUGCUUGUAGACCUGCCUUGAUGAAAUGUUCGUAAUUUAUUGUUAUUUCUAUUUUCAACAUGAUUUACUUUUUUUUGUGCAAUUUGUGAAGUUGUACAAUAAAGUUUUUAAAAGAAUUAAAAA